AUGCAAUUCAGAUACAGACUCACCAUUCAUCCACAAAUCCUUGGCAUUACAUGCAACAAUGCUGCCAAUAACACUGUGAUGGUGGACAACCUUGCAUAUUCUCUUCCCUCCUUCCCUGGCACAGCAAACCAUACAAGAUGCUUCCUGCACACCAUCAACCUUGUUGUGAAGUCGUUGAUCAAGGAGUUUGAUAUGACCAAG